UUUGAACUUCUGAGUCUCUCUCUCUCUCUCUCUCUCUCUCUCAUUCAUGUCACCAACCUCCACAAUCUGAUUCAUUUUUUUUCAAAACCCAUCCGUUUCUAUCGAGAACCCAAGCUACCAAAGCGGUCCGGGAAGAGAGAAUGGCGGCGUAUAGAGCAGAUGACGACUACGAUUACUUGUUUAAGGUCGUAUUAAUCGGUGAUUCGGGUGUUGGCAAAUCGAACUUGUUGUCGCGAUUUACAAGGAAUGAAUUCAGUCUUGAAUCCAAAUCCACAAUCGGAGUGGAAUUCGCCACGCGGAGCAUCCGUGUCGACGACAAGAUCGUCAAGGCCCAGAUUUGGGACACCGCUGGCCAGGAAAGAUACCGGGCGAUAACAAGUGCCUACUACCGAGGAGCUGUUGGUGCAUUGCUUGUCUAUGAUGUCACCCGACAUGUUACAUUUGAGAAUGUUGAGAGAUGGUUAAAGGAGCUACGGGACCACACAGAUGCUAAUAUUGUGAUCAUGCUUGUCGGAAACAAAGCUGACCUACGUCAUUUGCGUGCUGUCUCCACUGAAGAUGCUCAGUCCUUUGCUGAGAGAGAGAAUACCUUCUUUAUGGAGACCUCUGCUCUUGAAUCCAUGAAUGUUGAGAAUGCUUUCACUGAAGUGCUAACCCAAAUAUAUCGGGUGGUCAGCCGGAAAACUCUUGAUAUAGGAGAUGAUCCGGCAGCGUUGCCUAAAGGACAAACUAUUAAUGUUGGAACCAAGGAUGACGUGUCAGCUGUCAAGAAAGUUGGUUGUUGUUCUGCCUGAAUUUCAAUUUGAAAUUUGAGGUAUCAUAUCACAUGCUCCUCCGUUCUCCCUCACCUGCCAUAUAUUUAUAUCAAAUUAUUUUCCUGUGUAAUGGUCCAUCUUCCCAUCUUUUUCACGCUUUCAUUAGUGUGUUGGAUGCCUUUUCACAAUUUGGAUUCUUGAACAAAAUGCAGAAUUCUUCGAAAAUACCUCUUUUUUUUAUUUGUAGUAAUACUAAAGUAGUUCACUUAUCUCUUUCUCAUGUAUUACUUUAUCCAUUUUUACUUGUGUAAUUCUUGUAUUUGCUUCUUUAGAUAGGAGUUGGCUUUGAACAAUUUGGUUUUUUUGUAUUUGAUAAAAAUGAUUUGUUGGCAGUGC